UCCCUGCUCCUGUCAGCACGUCUGAUGGUGAAACCCAAGAGUCCGCAGCUGUAACUCAGCCUGCAGAGCCUGGCUGCUGCCCCAGCCCUGUGGCCACCCCUAACUCUCUCCCUAGCAUCACCAAUGCCUGCCAGCCCUGGUGCCUGUAACUAGCUUGUGCUGGGAGGCACUGCUUGCAGAGAGGCUUUGGUAAAGGAGGCAGAGAAAAGGGGUGAGAGAGCCCAAAGGAAGGAGAGUUCCUGCUGUCAGAGGAGGAGGCACUGAGGAUGGCCAGCAACUCCAGUGCACUGCCCCGGGUGACUUUCCAGACACCAGAGAAACCUGGGGAGGAAUCAUCACACAGGAAACUGGGCAAGCUGACCAUAAAGUACAACCGCAAAGACCUACAGCGCUGGCUGGACCUGGAGGAAUGGAUCAACGCCCAGCUGCAGGAGCUCUACCAGUGCCGGCUAAGGGAGGAAACAGAGGCAGCAGCUCCUGAACCACAAAUUGAUCUUGAAGAUCUCCUGGAGGUCCCUAAUGAAGAACAGAAAAUAAAACUACAGGAAAUCCUCCAUGAGUGCUCCAGCCCCACAGAGGACUUCAUCACGGAAUUGCUCAGUCGAUUGAGAGGUCUCCGAAGAGUCACCAAUCCUCAGAAGAAAUGACCUUGCUCACAUUGAAACUCCAGC